AUGGGUAAAGAGGAAAAAAAGGAAAAGGAAUCUAAGGAGGAUAACUACGACAAAAGAAUGCCAGCAGUUCUUCCGUUUGCAAAGCCUUUAGCAUCGAAAAAAGUGAAUAAGAAGAUACUUAAGACUGUGAAAAGAGCCUCAAAAUGCAAGCAUGUUAAAAGGGGAGUGAAGGAAGUUGUGAAAGCCCUCAGAAAGGGUGAUAAAGGACUGGUUAUCAUAGCGGGAGAUAUUUUCCCAAUGGAUGUCAUUUCGCAUCUUCCUGUUCUUUGUGAAGACAACGAGGUUCCAUACAUAUUCAUCCCAUCAAAGCAGGAUUUGGGCAGUGCCGGGGCCACAAAAAGACCAACAUCGUGUGUGAUGAUAGUUCCAGGAGGUGGAUUACACAAGAGUAAGAACGCCAGCAAGAGUAGUGAAAGUUACAAAGAAGGAUAUGAUGAGAUUGUCAAGGAGGCUGUUAAGGCCUGA